ACGAGGCCCAAGCAUGGGCCUCAUGGUGAAACAUGAGUGCAAACCUUCAACCCUUCCAACCCAAGUAGAUCAUCUCUCAUCCUUCGUCUAGGGUUCUGCUUGUGCAAGUGCAACUGAACGUAACAAAGAGGCAAAGAGAGAAAGAGAAGCAUCAAUUCAUCAAAAUCAAAAUGGUCGCAAAGCAAGACAAGAAGAAGAAGCCUCGUGGACGCGCUCACAAGCGCAUGCAACACAAUCGCCGAUUCGUCACCGCCGUGGUGGGAUUUGGUAAGAAGCGUGGACCAAACUCAUCUGAGAAGUGAGGAAAAUGCUUCAUUGGAGGUUGUUUUUUUGUUAGCUUUUGUAAUUUGUUGCUUAUGUUUUAUCUUGAUUGAUGAAAUGAAAGUUAGAAGUUUUUUAUUAUGGAAAAAUGAACAAGUUUUGUUUUACUAUUUAAUAUUGAAGAUAUGUUUCUUCUCUAAA